CACCGGUCGCCACCAAUUACUCUCCCGGCUCAAUCGGCUCUUUGCUCGCUAUGCCUCCGCCACAGGGUGACGUGACCGCCUUGUUCCUGGGGCCUCCGGGCACGGGGAAGUCUGCGCUGAUCUCAGCGCUGUGCGACAAGGAUGUCGAGACUUUAGAGGCCCCCGAGGGACGGCCAGAUUCCAGGGUCCCCAGCCUGAGAGCUGCUGGCCCAGGCCUCUUUCUGGGUGAGCUGAGCUGCCCACCCGCAGAGCCAGGGCCCUGGGCGGCGGAGGCCAACGUGUUGGUACUGGUGCUACCUGGACCCGAAGGGAACGGGGAGCCCUUGGCCCCAGCGUUGGGAGAGGCAGCGCGGGCUGCCCUGGGCCGAGGGACCCCGCUCCUGGCAGUGCGGAACCUCCGUCCUGGGGAUUCACAAAAUGACGCCCAGGUCCGGGAUCAGACAGCGGCUCUGCUGGAUAGAGAAGGGUUAGGAGCCGCGGCUCUCUUCGUACUGCGGGCAGACUGCGGCAGCGGCGAAGGCUGCGAGGAGCUAGAGCGCCUGCGGGCGGCGCUGCAGAGCCAGGCGGAGGCACUGCGGAGGCUCCUGCCACCGGCGCAGGAUGGUUUCGAGGUCCUGGGCGCAGCGGAGCUGGAAGCAGUACGAGAGGCCUUUGAGACUGGUGGCCUGGAGGCGGCGCUGUCGUGGGUGCGUGCAGGCUUGGAGCGCCUGGGCAGCGCGCGCCUGGAUCUGGCUGUGGCCGGCACUGCUGACAUGGGCCUUGUCCUGAACGUGCUGCUGGGAUUGGAUCCUGGCGACCCAGGUGCUGUGCCUGCUUCAGUGCCCACGAAGCCCACUCCCUUCCCAGCCCCAGAGCGCCCCAAUGUGGUGCUCUGGACCGUGCCUCUGGGCCCUGCGGGCACUACCAGUGUCGUCUCUCACCCGACGCACUACGACGCCCUCAUCCUGGUCACCCCUGGGGCCCCCACCGAGAAGGACUGGGCCCAGGUCCGGGCCUUGGUGCCACCAGAUGCGCCACUUGUCUGCGUGAGAACAGACGGCGAGGGCAAGGAUCCAGAGCCUCUGGAAGACGAGGACGCGGCGGAGAAGCCCAGCAGCAAGAGCUCAGAGCACACAGGCCGAGGGGGGUCGGGGAGUGCGCUCAGUGAGGGAAGGGAGAAACGUGGCACUGGAUUGCAGAAAGCAGGCAGCGGCGAAGGCUCUGAGAAAGCUGUCAGCGGGAGUGUGCAGCAGAUUGUCGUUGCCGCAAAGAAGUCAGGCAGUGGGGACGCAGCUCCCGCAGCAGCGUUGAGCCCGGAGGAUGAGACGUGGGAGGUGCUUGAGGAGUCGCCGCCGCCAGUGUUCCCUCUGCGUGCGAGCGGGCUCCCGGGGCUGUGCGAAUGGCUGCAGGGAGCGCUCCCCCCAGCCCAGGCGGGGGCGCUGUUGCUGGCGCUGCCACCGGCGUCUAUCAGUGCAGCCCGGAAGAAGGCUGCGGCGCUCCGGGCCGGCGCAUGGAGGCCGGCUCUGCUGGCUAGCCUGGCGGCGGCAGCGGCACCAGUUCCAGGACUGGGCUGGGCAUGUGACGUGGCCCUUCUGCGGGGUCAGCUGGCAGAGUGGCGGCGGGCAAUGGGGCUGGAACCCGGGGCGCUGGCCCGACGUGAGCGUGCCCUAGGCCUGGCUCCUGGGGAGCUGGCAGCGCGUGCGCGUUUCCCAGGCCCAGUGACACGCACGGAGGUGGAAGCCAGGCUGGGUGCCUGGGCUGGAGAGGGCACUGCGGGGGGCGCAGCCCUAGGCGCACUCUCCUUCCUGUGGCCUGCGGGCGGCGCGGCAGCGACAGGUGGCCUGGGCUACCGCGCCGCUCACGGUGUCCUCUUGCAGGCGCUGGAGGAGAUGCUGGCAGAUGCUGAGGCGGUGCUGGCACCUCCUGAGCCCGCCCAGUGAGAGGUGGGAUGGGGGCCGGGCUUCCCCAAGUCCCACUUAGAGGGGAGGAGGCUUGGGAGUCCAGACUCUGGCGUGGGAAGUCCAGGCCUCUGAGAUAACAGUGGGGAGCCGCUACUCAGAAUCCUGGGUGCUUGAAGGGGAUGUGGCUCUGACUUGGUUGGCAUGUGUGGCUUCUAAUCAGCCGGAUUCGUGGUUCCUGAAGGGGAGUAGUUUGGGGGAGAGGACUCCUGACUUCGCUGAGAACCAGGGGACAUGACAUCCAGUCUCUUGUGUCCUGAAGGGAGUUGGCCUGAACUCUAGAAGUGGGUAUGUCUUCGUCGCAUAGAGAAUAGAAACAGGUUAUUGGAUGUCUAGUCCUCAGCAGAGAGAGGGCUGAAGCCCUGUUUCCUAAUGGGGGGGGGGUUGUCCAUCACUAGGACCUGAACCCCAGUAUGGGGGAAAAAGCCUGCACACAGCCUCCCAGGUCCCCAAGGGGCAGUAGUUUUUGAAUCUUUAUUGAGGGGUCUCGAGGAUUUCAGAUUCCUGCCUCCCAAGAAGGCUGUGAAUCUUGGUUCCUAGUUCUUGGGUGGUGGGAGAGGUCUGCAUCUGGAGGAGACAUCAAGGGGCUUGUGGGGAAAUGCUGGAGACCUCUUGAUUUCUCUUGGAGGGUAGAAGGAUGUCCACUGUUCUCCAGGGGUUUGGUUGUGGGGAGGGUGGUCCCACAAAAAUGAGAGGGACUAAGAGUUCUGGGCAUGGUGGGCUCCGGGGUUGCCAGGGACCAGGACCGAGGCUUUCUGGGUGUGGAAGGGCAGGAAACCGUACCUCAGAAAUUAUCUCCCACAAACCUUAUAUUUGGAUCCUGACAACUGCCUCUCUGUGAGUUUGGGAAAAGAUAUGACCACCUUCAUUUUAUAGGUGCUGGGUGAUCAUGGGUCUCUGGGGAAUAUGUUCCUCUGUCCCUCUUUCCUUUGGGUGUUUCUAGCUUUUAAUCUUGGUUUCUAAUGUCAUUAAAUCAUAACCCAUUCUGGCCUUGGUGUUUUGUGCACCUGCCUUUUUGGAAAAGCAGCUGUACUGCUGCACUAGUCCAAACAUUUCUGUGUGGCUACCUCAGGUGUCCACAAGAGGCUUUGCCUUCUAGUAUACACAGUGGGUGCUGCAGUGAGCAAGGGUCCCACAGAAUGGCUGGGCAGGCAUUCCAGCCCAUAGGAAUGUGCCAGAAGUGAGGCAAAGGUGGAAACCGCAGCACCUGGAAUGUUCUAGGCUGCCAGCUCCAUGUAGGGUAAAAGCUGCAGGUUAUGGAAUUCUUCAGUGUCAAAAACAGAAAAGCAGGACCUGAGAUGCCAUGGAAUAGAAUUUCUUUUGUAAUAGGUGGGGUAAGCUAAGUCCAGAGAGGGUAGGCUUGAGACCUAACAGCGCAUAGCAAGGCCCUAUGGAUCUGGCCCCUGUCUCUCUGUUCUCAUCCCCUGCCCCUUCCCAUCCCCAACCAGCCUGAUGGGUCUUCCUUCUCCUGCUUGAGUGGGCCACCUUGAGUCCUGCCUCAGGACCUUUGCACUUGCUGUUCUCUUUCCUACAGUGCUCUACCCUCACAACCUCCCAGGAUUGGCUCCUUGGCAAUCAGAUCUUAGCUCAAAUAUCCCCUCAGAGAUGCCUUCCCCGAUCACCCUAACUGAAAUAGCUCAUAUACAUCCCCAUCCCCAUUGUUCAUGUGGCCAGCUGAUUUUC